AGAAUUGGAUCUAGGUCAAGAAGGAGAUGAAUCUUGUUAGCUCGGAGAGCCAACAGUGCGAGGAUGUAGAGGGGGCUCGACUCUUAUGCUGUCGUGGGGUGGUGGUAAACGAUGGGAUAGAGCAGGUGGAGCACCACGUCCUCAACCUCACGGGAGACGGCUCCUUCUAUGGACGGUGGCGGUCGACGAGUGGUCAUCCCGACCGCCGACACAUGGCAGCAGUCAUCCCGCGUUUGACGAUGGCUAGAUAUCCCGGUUCAACCUCAUUUGCCGCCUUAGGCACCACCUUUUGUUGCGUCGGAGGCGAUUCUCCAGACUUAUUUCUCUUUGAUGCUGCCCAGCAUGAUCAGUCAUGGAGGAGAGGUCCAUCUAUGCUCGAGCAUAGGGUUUGUCCUCGGGUUGUGGCUAUAGGCAAUAACCUCUUUGUUUUCGGCGGCUGCUCAGCUACAUCACGUCGUGCUUCGUGGGCGGAGGUUUACUAUAUGAGCACAGAUAAGUGGACCUAUCUACCUCCUUUGCCCCCUCAUCUUACGCCUUCCACUGGGGCUGGCCGGAAGAGUUUUUUUGCGGUAGCAAUCACUGUUGGAGGGGAUGAGUCCAAACAGAUUGUUGUUGGGGGUUGGGGCCAAAUGUUUUGCACCUAUCAGUUAAGUACCCAAACAUGGUCUUGUCCCCAUUUUGAUCCCGAACUCGUGAGCUACUUCACGCCCGACUCAGUUGCCAUUGGGAGUACGUUGUAUUCCUUUUCCCGUUCUGAGAGUUGCUUUUUGGCGUAUGAUUUUGAUAGCCAGACAAUGUUUGGUGGUGCUUUAUGCGGUCGAGGAGCCCAGAAAUGCUUAGAUACAUGGACAUCUUCUCUCUGUGAAGGUUUAUUGGUGCUUCCUGAGGAUGAUGGUGAUGAUGGUAGCGUGCACCUCCUUUUUGUUUGGUCUAAAGAAAAGCUUCGUUUUCUUCCUUCAUCCUCUUGGGACCCACCUACCCCAGCUACCCGUACUUACCUCCACUGUACUAGAGUCCGAGUGUCCAAAGUCACCAGUUCUCGGAACGUUCAAUCUAGUUACUUAGAUGCAUCGAUUGUUUCGUCGUGGUCUCUUUCCAUUGGGCAUAGUUUCCAGCUUCAAGAUGCACUCUUCAUGGAUGCGGUGGAGGGACUAGAAGAACUAUCUUCAUAGGACGAAGAACUAUCUCCACAGUGCUUAGAGCUCAUUUGCUCAGGCCAGUUGCUUGUCGGAUGUCAUCGAACGUACUUAUGUUUUUGCGAGCGAGACAAAGCACAUUUGAUUUAUCAAUGUUUUGUUUUCUGGCAAUAUAUUAUAGGAGUAGUCAAAGUGUCAAACAAGAUAGAUUCUGUGAAUCGCACUUGUGAAGUGUUUAAUCUUAUGCAAUGUAUUAUUGUAUUUGGGAAUUGAGUUAUUAUGAAGUGUAAUUAUGCACUAGUUAGUAUUAUCCUCGGUUUAUGAGACUUUUAAUUAGUUAGCACAAUUGGUUUUGACUGAAAUUAUUGUCUGGAUAAGCACUGUAGUGUACUUUUUGUUAUACAAAAAGGAAGAGCAUCAAGGAGAUGCUACCCAAGGCCUACACUUAAUGUAUUCAAGUGUCAAUGUUGUUGGGUUUUGGUAGUCGAAAAAUAGUCUGGAAAGCUUCAUAACAGAGGAUGUGAUCAGUUUGUACGAGUCAUAAGAUGUACAUAUCCUGAUAUCCCUUUUUGACAAACAUAAUAGACCAAUCCCUUGUUUUUUCUUUUCUGUUUUGGGUGAACUUAAUAGCUGCGUUAUGCCAACAUGGACAGCACCUACUUCUGUACUUAAAGGUCCAGUAGUUGAAGAGGAGAUAUCCACAUACUGCAUUUAUCUCGUUUUAGCUGACUGUCUUAUUGUGUGAUUUUAAACAAACAGGUGAUGUGCAUCGUUCUUGGUAUUGUGGAACUUUUCAUGGGAUGGUCAUGGCUGGGUUUCUACCUUCCGGAGCAAUCUAUAAUGAAUUUCAUACACAUACUGGGAUCACAGAAGUUAAAACAACACAUAUCUUAUUCAAAGUGCUUUUUAUUCUUCCCAUAGUUGUUACUAUAAUACAGUGGCAUUGACAUGCUUCCAACCCGUUGCUGAAGAUCACGAAUGGUGAGUGGUGGUAUGUACUAUCGUAGGGUACUUGUUGUUUCUGCGUCAUUCUUUAAUCUCUACAGACUGGUAUCUUAACGAGGCUGCUCUGUAGGAGUUGAUAUCUUUUACAACAUUGCUUCUUUUCAAUUUGAUUGUCUUUCAGAAAUUUGAAUUUCUGCAUUCUUAUGUAGUUGCAUUCAAAUGGUAGUAGUCAAAGUUGAUCCCAGUUUUUUAGGUUACCAGAAAAAAUGUAGGUACAUUAUCUUAAAUUUUGAGUUUAUUUAACCCGCAAUAUGUUUUUAGUGUAGUUUCACAUGGGUGCAGCAUUUGGAUUAGGAGUUCUUAAAGAACAUUAUCUGAUUUAACCAGAUGACAAUACCAUAUCAAUGGCCUCCCAUCGUAAUUGCUGUUACGGUAGCUUCCAAACUGUAUCUAGUGAUGAUAAGAAAGGGUCUGAAAGGUUCCUUCACACAAUUUCCUGUCAAAUGUUAGAAGGUUACUUUCAACUGGUAUGCUGCGUCGGGCAGCCAUGAAGUAUAUUGCCUGGUCUCUGGAGGUACAUUUUACUGUCCAUGAUCUUUCCGAUAAGUUUAUAAUGUGUUGAGUCUUGGUUCUUUCGUGCAUGGUAAAAGGAGCUUCACAGUAUCAUUAAGACCCUGUUCAGUUUGGGUUUUGAAGGAGGUUUUUAAGAGUAAUGAGUGGAGAGAGAUGAAGAAUAUUUAUUGAGAACCGUGCGCAAGGGGUUUGAGUCCCCCAAACGAACAAGCCCUAAAGGUUCUUGUUAUCUGGGUUGACAGUCAAGUAAUUUUGCAAGGGCAGUUGAACAUUGUGUUUGUUUUCCUCAAGGUUCCCUUAGAUAUUCUCUUCAGCUAAUUGCCAGUAGUUUAACUCUCUGUGUAAAAGGACGUUAAUACUAUUCCAAUGAUCCAAUCAGGCUACUUUGGGCCUACCUCAAUAAUCGAAACCAUUUAUUGUGUAGCACGUCGAAUACUACAACCUUGCAAAAAAUUAUGUUGAUUGAAUACAGAUCAAUACUUGAUCCGAGCACAUUUAACUUCAGGCAAGUGGAUUUUAUGUGUGUCAGUGUUCAUGGACUUCCUGCUUAUCAGGCUCCAAGUGAUACUUUCUAAGUUUGGUGGUCUUGUAAGUCUUAUAUACAUGCAUUGUAUAGGGAAUUGGAAGAGUUAAUUCUUUGUAUGUACGUAUUGCUUCCAGUAUGAGGAUAUUCUGAUCCCAUAUAUUUUGAUUUUGUCAUUGUAGAUGUUCACGUUACCCUGAAUACGAUUAGAAAUGGCUGCAUACUUAUCUCUGGGAGUGUUCAUCUCCAUCAUAAGCCAUCCCACUCAAAGUCCUUCCUCUUGGCUUCUGCAUGCAUCCCUCGCUAACCUACUAGUGUUUCAUUUCCUUAUAUUAGGACUUCAUGGGGACCCUUUCAAGAGCUGGAACUGAUUUCUUCCAAAGCUUCAACGACAAAAAGGCUAGAUACCUCCACCAUAAUACUACUAAGCAGAAAUUCAUUUUUUGAUGAUGGUGUUCAAGCUCUUAAUUUGAACCUCAAGUUCUUGGAAUGGCAUCCAAGAGACUAGACCAUAGGGACAUGGUAGGGGGCUUGUUCCUCUUUACCGAGCAUCAAGCUCAAACCAAAUUCAAAACAACUGCCUUAAUCCUAUCUGUUUAGUAUUUUGGAUAAAAAAAUAAAUAAUCAACCUUGAAAUAAUUCCGGUACCAGCUAACAUACUAUUCCAUCUAUAUUGUAUUUACUCAUAUGGAUUCGUCGUGGGACUUUGUUGAUUAAAGUAAUCAAGAUCAAGAUCAUCUUUUAAUCUUUUGUCAGAGAAAGAUGAACUGGCACUCCAUGAAUUUUCCUCUAUGAUAUGCUAAACAGUUGAAAAUUUUGGUAAUUGUGAUAUGGCUCGGCCUCUGGUGGUAUUGGUUUCUUUUAGACCAAUUAUCUGUUUUCCUGAAUGAGCUUAUGCGCAUCUUUCUUCAAUCCUUUGGCAGGGGUUCCUCCGCAUCUGGUUGCUGAAUUGUCACCACUUUUGUGUUGUGAUCAAGGUGUCAUGUUACAUACAAUGCGACACACCAAUUAUUUCACUGACCCAACCACUUGUUGGCAUUUAACAACAGGGCUCGAAAUGCUUAAGUCCACAUUAUUAGUACUAGUUCACAUGGUUCAGGGACAUCCAGACAAAAUUGGAACAAUGCAAAGAAUAUUAGCAUGGCCCAUGUGCAAGGAUGGCACGCACCAAUCGAGAAAUGGUCAUUUUUAUAGGAAGUGUUAUGAUGGUAUUUUGUUUGCUAAAGUUACAAAUAUUUUGUUGUGGUUGAGCUUUGGUAAUUUGAAUUCAGUUUGAUGAUUAGGGUUUGAGCUAUGUAUAACUCGCUAUGGUGGUGGGUUCUUUUGAUUCCA